AUGGAACUAUAACUUUUUCAAUUUUAAUUGAGUUGGAUUUAUUUGGCUUAUCAACUGAUCAAAAAUAAUUCAACUUUCGAAUUACCAAUAAUAUUGGAAUUACUAUUUUCAUCCAUAAUUAAGAUAAUCAUUUAGUUUGAUGCUUAUAAUUCUAAUUUUUUCUUUGCAAUCUCAACCACAUUUAUCUAUACUUUGAUCAUAAUUUUCUACUAUUAUGUAAAGAGCAAGUAAUCAUUUACAAAGUCUUUAGACUUAGAAUUGGUUACUCCAAAAAUUAAUGAAUUUGAAAGAAUACUUACGAACAAAACAUAAACUCCAAGAAAUAAUGAAAUAUAAAUUUUUGAUCAUUUACCUAUUGGACUUGUUGUAUUAACAUUAGAGCAUGAUUUUUAAUAUCUGAAUAAGAGAGCAAGAUCCUUAUUAGAAAGAGCAUCAAAUACCUAAAUUACAGAGGAUAAUGUUGUUAUUAUCAUAAAAGAGCUAUUGAAGAAGUAAAUAUUUAAAACAUAAUGAAAGAUGCAUUAACGAUAAAAUUGCAAGUCUUGGAAAUCUAACAAGACCAAGUUAAACUAGAAUCCAUUAGUUAAUAUCUAAAUUCCAUCAAAAGUAAAGAGUGAGUUUGCCACAUUUAGAUGAUAAUUUUCUUUAAUAGAUUGAUCCUAUAAAUAGUGUAUUACAAUAGUAAAAUGAUUUUGUCCCAUAUUCAUAAUAAUUAAUGGAUGUAAUAUAAUAUAUAUUCAAAGAAUAAAUAUAGAAUCCAAUUUAAUCAUAAAGGAAAAAAAAGAUGCUUUCGAUUUCAUUUUAUGAAGCAUCAUAAUUAAAUUGUAAUUAAUUUAUUAGAUGAGACUUCUAAAAUAGGGAAGUUAGAUUAAAAAAGCAAGCAUAUUUUUUAGAAUUAAUUACUAAAUUCAUUUUCUCAUGAAUUAAAAACUCCAUUAAAUUGUAUUCAAUAAUUAUUGGAGGUUGUAAUUUUGAAAGUGGAUUCAGAUUUAUAAGAAAAUAUUUUAAAACCAAUAAAAUGGCAAACUGAUUUAUUGCUUUGUUAAAUUAAUGAUAUACUUGAUUAUGCAUCAUUUGAAAUAAAUGAUUUUAAUUGGGAUAUCUCAUUAUUUUAUUUAGAAGAUUUAUUGUAAGAUUGUAUUUCAAUGUAUUUAUAAGCUUGUGAAUAAAAAAAUAUAAAAUUAAAAUUAGAAAUAAAUUCUUAAGAUAAACAUAUGGUAAAUAAUGAUUAUAAAAGAAUGAAAUAAGUGAUUGUGAAUUUAUUAAAUAAUUCAAUUAAAUUUACUUAAUAAUAUGGAGAAAUUGUGUUAAAAGUAUAAGAUAUAAAAAAUAAUAUGUUUUUAAUUUAAGUAAUUGAUACUGGGUUAGGUUUAUCACAAGAAUAACUGAAUCAAUUAUAAAUGAAUAUAGAAUAAGAUAAUUUAUAAAAUGAAUAUAAUCAAUUUCAUGUUGGUUUAGGAUUAAAAGUAGCAAACAAAUUGAUUAUCGGAUUAUCAUCUUUAAAAAAAGGGCUAAAAAUAAAUUCAACUCUAAAUAAGGGUACAAUUAUCUCUUUUACAAUUGAGGAUUUUUAAGAGGAAAAUAAUAGUUAAGUAUCAGAAACAAAUUUAAAAGAUGCUUAAAUUAGUAGAUAGUUGAGUUAAUUGACAACAAGAGAGUUUAAAUUUAUUAAAUAAAUAAUUUGUAAAUGUAAUAAAAUAUUAAUCGUUGAUGAUAUACCUUUUAAUCAUCAUGCUUUAAAGAUGAUUUUAAAUGAAUUGAAUUGUCAAGCAGACAGUGCCUAUGAUGGUUAAUAAGCUAUAGAUAUUGUUAAAUAAAGAAUUAAGAGUAAUAAUUGUCAUCCUUUUUAUUCAUUGAUUUUAAUGGAUAUUGAGAUGCCUAAACAAAAUGGAUUCGAAGCAUCUCUUAAAAUUAAAUAGAUUCUUGGAGAUCAAAGUGAUUAGACUACAAUAGUAAUGUGUUCAGCUUAUGAUAAUUAAGAAUGUAUUCAAAUGUGUUAGAGAUGCUUUAUGAGUGAUGUAUUGCCAAAGCCAAUUACGAAAAUGAGUUUACAAUACAUUUUAGAAAAAUAUUUAAGGUGA